GCAGAUGAGAGGUAAAAGUGUCACCAAGAUGCUCAAAAUCCAAAGUCUUGUACUUAUGGCUGCUUGAUUCUUGGAAGUCGAACCUAGUCAAGGAAGUAAAACGCAGGAUAUUUUCUGGAACGAUCUCCUGACGCAACUGUUUACAGCUUUCCUGUCAGCACCCAGGGGGAGCUAUACGGCUACCAGACUCUCACAAGCUCUGGUUAGUUCCCUGUCCCCGGGCUCUAGGAAGCAGCCAGGCCGGCUGAAGGGCCUCGCCGGGUCACCUGGCGGCGUCCUGGCCGCACGCACACGCCUCGCAUUCCGGUUGGCCCGGGCUGCAACAGGUGAGGCGCGGCCUGGCGCGAAUCACACAGCUGCCGGCCAGGCGCCCGCGCCCUUUGCUCUAGGCGACUGCGAGCUCCUGGAGGUAGGUCCCGGCGGCGGCGGCGGCGCGGCGGCAGCGCCGAGAGAGCUCCUGCACGGAGGCGGGAAGUCUUCCGCACAGGGGCGCUGCCACCUGCGCAGGGGAGGUUCCAGAGGGGAACCGGGUUUUUGUGCCGCUCCGACGCGCUGGAGUUGGGAGAACCCAUCCUGACCAUGAAGGGCAGCAAAGGCAUCGAGAACCCGGCUUUCGUCGCCUCCAGCCCGGACACCCCGCACCGUUUGUUUGCAUCGCCCUCUCACGUCGAAGUCUCUGACUUGGCCAUCAAAUCCCAGGGACCGAAUUCGAAGCCACAGGAGCCCCCGGAGCCCCAGACGUCACCGGAGGCACCCCAGCCUUCAGCGGCUCCCUCUGCUUCCCAAGAGCUGUCCAGGCCAGAGUCGCCGCCCGAGUUUGAGGAGGGACCCUGCGGGUGUGGGAACUUGCAACCGCAGUGCCUCCAGCCCUGCAACACACCCCAGAGCUUUCUGCUUUUCUAUUCCCUCUUGGCCCUCACGCAAGGUAUUGUAGUAAAUGGCCUCGUAAAUGUUAGCAUUUCCACUAUUGAGAAGCGCUAUGAAAUGAAGAGUUCCACGACGGGCCUGAUAUCAUCAAGCUAUGAUAUCUCAUUCUGUGUGUUGUCUUUAUUUGUGUCAUUCUUUGGUGAAAGAGGACACAAACCAAGGUGGCUUGCAUUUGCAUCCUUUAUGAUAGGACUGGGAGCACUUGUAUUUUCACUGCCAAAAUUUUUUAGUGGAAAAUACCAAUUGGGGUCCCUAUAUGAAGAUACUUGCUCAGCAACAAGGAAUGGAACCAGUUGUACCUCUUCAAGUUCUUCACUUUCUAACUACUUGUAUGUUUUCAUCUUGGGACAACUCUUGCUGGGAAUAGGAGGAACUCCUCUUUAUACCCUGGGAACAGCUUUUAUUGAUGAUUCUGUGCCCACACACAAAUCUUCUCUUUACAUAGGAAUUGGCUAUUCUAUGUCAGUAUUAGGCCCUGCUAUUGGUUAUGUGUUGGGAGGACAGCUGCUAAGCAUGUACAUUGAUGUGAACAUGGGACAAAGCAUAGAUAUUACUGAAGAUGAUCCACGAUGGCUGGGGGCAUGGUGGAUUGGAUUUCUUCUGUGUUGGCUCUUUGCUUGGUCUUUGAUAAUUCCUUUUUUAUGCUUCCCAAAACAUUUACCAGGUACAGCAAAAAUUCAAGGUGAAAGAAUUUCCCAGACUCACCAGGAUAAGAGUAGUUCCUUAAAAGACACCGAGGAGAGUUUUGGAACAAGCUUUAAAGAUUUUCCAGCUGCCCUAAAGAAUUUGAUGAGGAAUACUGUCUUUGUGUGUUUAGUUUUUUCAACUUCCUCAGAAGGCUUAUUUACUACUGGAUUUGCUACAUUUUUACCUAAAUUUAUAGAAAAUCAAUUUGGAUUGUCUUCCAGCUUUGCAGCUACCCUUGGAGGGGCUGUUUUAAUUCCUGGAGCUGCUCUUGGUCAGAUUUUAGGUGGUGUAUUUGUUUCAAAACUCAAAAUGACAUGUAAAAACACAAUGAAGUUUGCUUUGCUCACAUCUUUAGUUGCGCUUGUGCUGAAUUUUGUAUUUGUUUAUGCCAACUGUGAAAAUGAGCCUUUUGCCGGUGUGUCUGAAUCAUAUAAUGGGACAGGAGAACUGGGAAACUUGACUGCUCCUUGCAAUGCCGAUUGUAACUGCUUUCAAUCAUAUUAUUAUCCUGUCUGUGGAGGAGAUGGGGUCCAGUAUUUCUCUCCCUGCUUUGCAGGUUGUAAAAAUUCUCUUUUAAAAAGACAGCCAAAGGAAUAUUACAAUUGUUCCUGUAUUGCAAGGAAUACAGAAAUAACUCCUACUUCGGCAAGUUUUAUUUCUGAAGUUAAAGCUGGAAGAUGUGAAAGUCGAUGUGCAAAUUUGCCCAUGUUCCUUAGCAUUUUCUUUGCUACAAUUGUCUUUAUAUUUCUGGCUGGUACUCCUAUAACUGUGUCCAUCCUAAGGUGUGUUAAUCAGAGGCAACGGUCCCUAGCAUUGGGAAUACAGUUUAUGCUGCUUCGAUUAGUUGGCACAAUACCUGGACCAAUUAUAUUUGGUAUCACAAUAGACAGCACAUGUAUUCUGUGGGAUAUUAAUGAAUGUGGAACUAGAGGCGCUUGCUGGAUUUAUGAUAACAUCAAGAUGGCCUACAUGCUAGUAGCCAUAAUUAAAGUGAAUGACCUUCAUUGGCAAUGGUUCAUGAAUCCAGUAUUUAUAGGAGAACACAGAUGCAUACAAUGGCAUACAGAGAUGAAGAGCAAUCUAACAGGGAUUAUGUGGCAUGCCAGAAAAAUGACAAGGUUAGUGCCUAGGAUCUGGCUAUCUCAGGGCUUCAAGAGUGUUGGUCACCAAAACAACAUCCUCAGUGGAACACCAGCAGCCUCAUGCUCAUUGUUGUCCAAGGCAACUCUGGAUGUCUAUAUGCCUGUUAUUCUGGGAUUUAUUCAAAGCCUGUACGUUGCUCAACUGAUCGUCACAUGCUUUCAAAUUAAUACACAUCACCAACAAUAAAAAUCCUGAAGUCUGAGUAAGUUGGCAAUUAUGCUGAUGAAUAAAGAAAUUAGAAUACAAAGGGCGAGUCUUGCUUUGCAAUACAAUACUCAGUCUUCUCUUGGUAAAGGUUUCAGAUAACCAAACGCUGCUGCUGUGUAGUAGAGGCCUUGCUCUUCAUUAGACUGUGCAUGUGAAUCUACCAGAAGAGGAGAGAGCAGAAGACAUAAAAGAAUUGUCUCUCUCCAGUUACCAUGUCAACAUCUGCCAUAUUCUUCCUCAGCAGCUCCAACCCUCUCCAUGAUGGCUAUUGGUUGUGAAGAGCAUGGGUAUGUGUCUGUCACUAUAGCUGAUGCCCACCUUGUCAAUGCCAAUGUCUGUGCCAAAACCUAGAUUCUGAUACUUGGAAAAUUGGGAUCCAGAAUUGUGGGGGCUAUAGCCCUUAGGGCUACAGAGUAUUGAGCAGAACUGGAGAGCAUGUUCAUUUUCUGAUUCUAGCUUACAUUUUCUUAGAACCAAGUCUAGUAUGUCAUGAACGAAGAUCAUUUAUAUAUGCCUGCAGGCCCAUCUGCCAGUUGGCCCAGAUUCUAGUCUGACAAUUGGCUAAUACUUCAUGCAUCCAUUUCUCUCAUAAAGAUCAGUUUAGGCCACCAAACUUAACCUGCUUGCACACCUCCUCCAGGAAACAUCCAUCAUGCCUGAGUAACUCUGAUUCCCAGCAAAGGACACAGGUGGGACACAGAGUGGGGAGGGGCAGAGUAGGAAACAGCAAAGGACACAGAGUGGGGAGGGGCAG